AGGCUAUAAAAUGUACUGUAUUAAAUAAUAACUGCGUCUUCAGUUAAUGUGUGGCGUUGUAUUAAACUCUAGUCUGCAACACUCAUAAAUAUUACACUAUUUUAUUGUACAUUUAUUAAUAGGCCAAACUAUACGAAAUUCAUUUUUACAACAUGAACUGCAACUCGUGACCCUCAUUAGCAUAUUGACGAAAACAAUAUGGCGAACGCCGGUGGAUACUUUUCGUAAACCUGCUAUUUUCUGAUUAAUGCAGUUAGAUGUAAUCUUUUUGCAGUUUUCAGAUUCAAAACAGCAAAAUGGUGUUCGAAACCAUAGCAGUUGAGCUAAUCAACAGAUAUCUUGGAACAUUUGUUGAAAAUUUGGAUACAUCUCAGUUAAAAAUAGGACUAUGGGGAGGAGAUGUAGUCCUCAACAAACUGAACCUAAAAGAAAAUGCUCUGGACGACAUGGAUUUGCCCAUAAAGAUCAAGGCAGGCCAUAUAGAAAAACUGACAUUGAAGAUUCCAUGGAAGAACUUGUACUCUGAGGCAGUUGUAGCACAGAUUGAAGGAGUUUAUGCUCUAGUGGUCCCUAAUAUUGGAAUCACAUACGAUGCAGCAAAAGAAUUCAAAGCCAAGCAGGAACUCAAGCAAGCCAUAUUGACCAAAAUUGAUGAGCAAAAAAAGCUGGAGGCUGAGAAAGACAAGCCAAAAGAAGUAAAAAAUGACAGUUUUGUUGAAAAGCUGGCCACGCAGGUCAUCAAAAAUCUACAAAUCAAAGUGUCCCUGAUUCACAUCCGGUAUGAAGACAAGUACAGCAAUCCAGCUCGGCCAGUGUCUAUGGGCAUCACCCUAAAUGAACUUCUAUUCCAGACAACAGAUUCCAAUUGGAAGGAAAUGAUCAUCAAAGAAGCAGUGACACAGAUCUAUAAACUUGUUCGCCUUGACUCCCUGUGUGUCUAUUGGAACAGCAAUGGGAAACUUCUACAGGAUUUAGACAAGAAACUUAUCCUGCAAGAGCUCCAUGAAUGCAUUCAGACUACACUAAAGGAUAAUAUAGCAAAACAAGGGAUGAAACCAAACUUGCAAUACUUGUUCAAGCCCAUAUCAGCCGUAGCACAUUUACGUUUGAACACCAAGCCUGAACAGACAGAUUUCUCCCUGCCCAAGAUAUUCCUUACCCUGGUGUUUGAUGAGAUUGCUGUUUCACUGUCCAAAGACCAGUACGAUGACAUUCUGGAGAUACUUGAGGCCAUGGAGCGGAUGAACCUGAUGGCCAUGUACAAGAAAACCAGGCCAGCGGUUUCUUAUAAAGGACAUGCCAAACAAUGGUGGCACCAUGCCUAUGCUGUUAUCCUUGAGCACAAUGUCCAGCGCCGAAGGAAAAUGUGGAACUGGAAUGUUAUGAAGGAACACAGAGACAAGCUGAAACUCUACCGGGAGUUGUACAAGCAAAAACUUGAGAACAAAAAGAUGAGCUACAAAGAUCAAGGGCUGUUGAAGCAAUGUGAAGAAGAUUUGGAUGUGUUCAACAUCUCUAUGUGCCGCAACCAAGCAGAGAUGGAUGUGAUCAAGCGAGGCAAGAAGAGGGAUGAGGAAAAAAGUCAGGCCUCUUGGUUUGGGGGCUGGUUUGCUCCCUCUAAGAAGAAAGCAAGCCCAACCAAGAAGCCAGGAUCUGAGAAAGACUUAGAGGACUUUGGCAACAAGUUCCAAGAAGGGUUCACCCCUGAAGAGAAGAACAAGCUGUACAAUGCUAUUGGCUAUGAUGAAAAUGCUAAAGACCCAACCUUCCCAAUAGAAUAUGUGGCAGUGAGACUGGUGACUAAACUGAACAAGCUCUCAGUGUCUCUUGUAGACAACAGACACAAGAAAGAUGACCACCAGGUCCAGUUGAUGAAGCUUUCACUGACAGAAAUAUGUGCAAGUUUUGGCCAGCGCCCCGCUGCUAAUGCUGUCAGAUUGGAUGCUAAAGUUGACAAACUGAGGAUCACUGGGCUGCCCCGUAAGGAAUACAUACCACGGAUAGUCAGCUCCGUGGGUGUGUCAAAGGAGGAGAAUGUCUCCCUGCUGACCAUAUUGUUUGAGACCAACCCUCUUGAUGGCCAGUGUGACUCGAGGGUUAGGGUCCAGUUUAGGCCACUGGAAAUUAUUUUUGAUGCAAUAACAGUAAAUGCCUUGUCCAGCUUUUUCAUGCCACCAGAAUCUGUCCGGUUAAAACAACUGUCCAAUGCAGCCAUGUCCAAGUAUGAUGACAUCAAAGCACAGACUUCCGCUGGUGUCAUGUACAUGGUCAAUCAAAGAAAAUAUGCUGAUAUUGACAUACACUUGAUGCCUUCCUAUAUUAUAGUGCCAGAGACUGGGGAAAUCAAAAAGGAUGUCAACAUGAUACUUCUUAACCUGGGUCAGUUGAAGGUGACCAGUCAGCCUCAUGAAAUCACACAGGGCAAACAGAUGAGCCCAGAAGAAAUGGUGAACUUUGCCUUUGACAAGUUUAUUAUCAACCUUGACAACCUUCAACUCCUCUUCCUUCAGCCAGGUGAUGUCUGGCAUGAUGAGUCCGUGGCACCACAUUCACCCAUGUACAUCCUCCGACCCCUCUCUCUGCGCCUGCUGCUGGAGAAAUGUAUCUUUGACAACGAUGCCAAUCUUCCAAAGAUCCGCAUUAGUGCUGAACUCCCCUUAUUGUCUGUGUAUAUGUCUGACACCAAACUCUUGGCCAUCAUGAAACUAGCCAGCAGUAUUCCAUUACCAGAGUCUGGGUCUGAGCUCUUGGCCAUCAUGAAACUAGCCAGCAGUAUUCCAUUACCAGAGUCUGGGUCUGAGCUCUUGGCCAUCAUGAAACUAGCCAGCAGUAUUCCAUUACCAGAGUCUGGGUCUGAGCUCUUGGCCAUCAUGAAACUAGCCAGCAGUAUUCCAUUACCAGAGUCUGGGUCUGAGCUCUUGGCCAUCAUGAAACUAGCCAGCAGUAUUCCAUUACCAGAGUCUGGGUCUGAGCUCUUGGCCAUCAUGAAACUAGCCAGCAGUAUUCCAUUACCAGAGUCUGGGUCUGAGCUCUUGGCCAUCAUGAAACUAGCCAGCAGUAUUCCAUUACCAGAGUCUGGGUCUGAGCUCUUGGCCAUCAUGAAACUAGCCAGCAGUAUUCCAUUACCAGAGUCUGGGUCUGAGCUCUUGGCCAUCAUGAAACUAGCCAGCAGUAUUCCAUUACCAGAGUCUGGGUCUGAGCUCUUGGCCAUCAUGAAACUAGCCAGCAGUAUUCCAUUACCAGAGUCUGGGUCUGAGCUCUUGGCCAUCAUGAAACUAGCCAGCAGUAUUCCAUUACCAGAGUCUGGGUCUGAGCUCUUGGCCAUCAUGAAACUAGCCAGCAGUAUUCCAUUACCAGAGUCUGGGUCUGAGCUCUUGGCCAUCAUGAAACUAGCCAGCAGUAUUCCAUUACCAGAGUCUGGGUCUGAGCUCUUGGCCAUCAUGAAACUAGCCAGCAGUAUUCCAUUACCAGAGUCUGGGUCUGAGCUCUUGGCCAUCAUGAAACUAGCCAGCAGUAUUCCAUUACCAGAGUCUGGGUCUGAGCUCUUGGCCAUCAUGAAACUAGCCAGCAGUAUUCCAUUACCAGAGUCUGGGUCUGAGCUCUUGGCCAUCAUGAAACUAGCCAGCAGUAUUCCAUUACCAGAGUCUGGGUCUGAGCUCUUGGCCAUCAUGAAACUAGCCAGCAGUAUUCCAUUACCAGAGUCUGGGUCUGAGCUCUUGGCCAUCAUGAAACUAGCCAGCAGUAUUCCAUUACCAGAGUCUGGGUCUGAGCUCUUGGCCAUCAUGAAACUAGCCAGCAGUAUUCCAUUACCAGAGUCUGGGUCUGAGCUCUUGGCCAUCAUGAAACUAGCCAGCAGUAUUCCAUUACCAGAGUCUGGGUCUGAGUAUAUGUCUGACACCAAGCUCUUGGCCAUCAUGAAACUAGCCAGCAGUAUUCCAUUACCAGAGUCUGGGUCUGAGGUGAAAUCGACUGUUCCUGCUGAUGAUGCUGUGGUUGUUGACUCACCUUACGACAUGGACCUCAGUGUCUCCUCCAUGAGAGGAGAUAGGGGAACUUACCAAGGUUCAGAGUACACCAACCAGACUCAACUUAUGCUGUCUUUCAUGCUCAAACAGAUUUCCGUUGAGAUUCUGGAGACAGUGGAGGAAAAGGACAUCCCAUUCCUGAAGCUGACCGUCAACAAGAUUGGAGUGGACAUGAAGGCGCGCACCUUUGACCUGACUGUAGAUGGUUAUCUAGGUGGUAUUUACCUGCAGCACAUGCAGUACAAAGUCUCAGAAGGGAUCCGAACUCAGUUACAAAAAUGUGAAGUUACCACUGGUGAGCUGAUCAACAUCAUAAACUCACCUUAUGUGGAUGAAGAUGAUCCACUUUUAUCCAUACACUUCUUGCAGGCAAACAAGAAAGGACCUGAGUUUGCCACAACCUAUGGAAAAAUAGCUCAAUCAAUAACAGUAGAAUUCUCCACUUUAGAUCUAGUUUUACAUCAAGGUGUUAUUCUCAGCUUGCUGGCAUUUGCUCAGAAGUUUGAAUCCCCUGAAGAGGCUGUGAUUAAGCCAAUCGUCACCCCUGUUAGAUCUAUCGCAGGAAGCAGCACCACCCUGUCUGUCAGAAACAAGGAGUCACUCGUUGAACGUCAAAUAAAGAAAGACAAAAUGGAUAUGAUGUUGCUAAAGUUUAGAGCCAUUGUUAAUAGCAUUCAACUUAGUAUUUGUAACGAGACCUGUCUCGUCAUGCACUCAAAGAUUGAAGGUGUUGAAGUAGGAGCCAAAAUGCAUGUGCACAAAAUGGGCGUGUCUGCGUUGAUGAGAAAAAUUGAGCUGUUGGAUCCAGAUCCAAGAACAAAGUACCCAAAAAUCUUCUCAGUCAGUGGUGAAGAGAUGUUCAAGUUUGAGAUGGUACAGUACAACCAUGGAACAGCAGGUCACAGGUUUGAUAACAUCUCAGCCAUUGACAUGGACAUCUUUCUCCAACUUGGCAAAGCACAACUUGUCUUUGUAAACAAGUUUGUGCUAUCCCUCCUUAACUUCUUAGACAACUUCAAUCUUGCAAAAGCCAAGUUGGAUGAAGCUAGCCAGGCAGUAAAGGAAGCUUCCCUGGAUGUUGCAAAAAAUUUCCAGGAGAAGGCACCUCGGAUCAAGCUGGAAAUUUCUCUGAAAGCCCCUCUGCUCGUGAUCCCAAAGAGUUCCAGGUCUAAACUGGCCUUGAUCAUCAACCUGGGGGACAUCAACUUAGUGAACAAGUUUGAGAAACUGUACAGCAAAACCAAAACAGUGCCUGGUCAAGCCCACAUUGUGGAGCACCUGGUUGUCAUGCUGACCAACUUGCAGUUCUGCAGGGGCUCCAUCAACAAUCUAACAAGUGAACUCUAUUGGGAGCUCCCUAUAAUAGAGCCCCUGACCUUCCAGGUGAACAUCCACAGAAACCUUUCAUCUGGCUGGUUCCACGGAAUCCCUGAUAUGGAAAUAGCUGCUCUUCUAGACAAGAUUUCUAUAAAGCUUAAUAAAGAGGACAUUUCUUUAAUGUUGAGCAUUUUAGUUGGCAAUUUGAAAGAGCAAAACCCUCAAGAUCCAACUACACUGAAAAUUGAGAAACCUUCUAAGGAAGCAAGGUCCACAGACCAUGCCCUGCGCAAGAAGGCUGAGAGAGGCAGCACUGACAGCCAAGCCAGCGCUAAGUCGGAUACUCUGGGUGAAGAAAUCUAUUCAACCCUCAAGGUGGAUUUCAAACUACAAGCCAUCAACGUGGAACUCUACAGGGGUCGCUGCAAAGCUGAUGAAGGAGAAAAAGUGCGUCCCAAGUCUAAGAUGCUGUCCCAGAUGUGUUUAACCACCCUGCUGACGGAGGUCAACAUGAUGUCUGACGAGUCCAUGUCGGCCAAGGUCGGUCUGGUCGACUUCAGAAUGGACGACUGUCGUAUUGAAAAGGAUGGCGGGAUCACUAAACUGAUCCGCCGUACAGCGUACAAGUACGCAAGUAAAGAAGUUCUGGAGAGUCAGACUAGCGAGGAUGAAAGCAAAAUGUUCAUCAAUAUUCACUAUGACUUGAACAAAACUAUGGAUAAAAAAGUUGUGUUCAAGAUCUGUUCACUACACAUCUGCAUCUGCAUGGAAUUCAUCAUGAAGGUUGUAGAUUUUUUUGUCAAUAGUAUGCCAUCAAUCAAAACUAAUGAGAAGCAGAUGAUUGUAAAGAAAACGCAUCCCAAAUCUGAAGCUCCUGUCCCCCCUCCCCCUCCUGAACCAUUUGUUGGAUCCAUGGAUGUGACAUUCAAGUUGGAGAAGCCAGAGAUUUACCUGAUAGAGGACCAGAUGAACCCUCACACCAACAGCAUGAUUGUUGAUGUCAAGCUAGAUUUCCGUCUCCGAAUGAGUGCUGAUGUAAUCAGUGUCCAAGGUUCUGUUGAAAACCUGAGCCUGGUCACCUGUAUCUUUGGUCAGUUGGAGACUAGACAAAGUAUCUUUAAAAGACGCAUAAUCUCAAGCCUGGAGAAACAACUGCUAGAAAUCUGCUACAACUAUUAUGAACAUAGAUGGGAUCGUCUGCCAUACUUGUUUUAUGUGCUGGAACCUGUCAACAUUACCCUGAUGUCCAACAGCCCCCAGGGCAAAGACCACCACGUCAAUGUCAAUGUAUCUGAUUUCAUUGUGACCAUCUCUCCAUCCACUAUUCGUCUACUUAGUACAAUAGCCACAAACAUGGCCGUCCAGUCACUUGAUGAUGAAACUGACCUUCUGAAGCUGAAAGACAUGUCCAACAUUUGGGCCAAGUCAUCCAUAGCUGAGAAAAACUUUUGGUUCAUCAAUGCUGUGCAAGCACAUGCUGACAAAAAUAAAGAGAUUGGCUCAUCAGUAGACUCAGGAGUGCCAGCUACAGUCUUGAAUGAUACACUGUCUACCAGUAGUAGAGGAGAAUUGGUGACUCUAGAAAAUCUGACCAUAUUGCUGUACAAACAAGACGUGGUGCUGGAACUGAUGGUAGCUUAUGCAGACUUCUUGUACCAUGAAAUCUUGGACCAAUUUUUACCAUUGCUAACCAAUACCGGUGUAAGCCAACCUCAAAGUUCCUGUUCAGCUCAAAACAAUUGGCCUAAGCCAGACGAGCAGAUUAUUCUGGAAAUCCCUGUGGUUGUUAUGAAGCUUGAAGGAGGUGUUGGGCAUCGCACAGUACCACUACUGAUUGUUGAGUCGUCCUUUGAAUGCCAGGUCCACAAUUGGUCAUCUGACCUGUUCUUUGAGAGCAGCCUGAGCAUGGAGGUGGCCUACAACAAUGAGCACAUUGGUGUCUGGGAGCCCAUCCUUGAGCCGGUCACUGCCAAAGGGAAGCAACCCCACAAGUGGGAGUUGUCUGUGGAGAUGGUGAAGAGUGAGCAAGUUACCAUACAUGAUGAAGAGGAUAUGUCCAUACUGCCCCCUCCAAAACUGACCAUCAACAUAGCAGCCAUUGAACCAUUGCAGAUCAUCAUGACCAAGUCAUGUCUGGAGGUUCUCUCUAAUCUAGGCGAGGCCUUUGGUCAGGCCUACAAUCUGAAGGAGAUGGAGGGCACACUGGGGCAAAAGAUUGUUCCGUAUGUCUUCCAGAACUUGUCUGGUAAAGACCUGGGCAUUCAGCUGGAUGCCAGUUUAAAGCUGAGCUCUGAAAAUGAGCAUUCCAACCUGGACAAGAUCCCCACCUUCACCAGCAUCAUGGUAGAUAACAAUGAGAAGACCUUGGUCAAGCAGCUGUCCAUCAUACGCUCAACUCAGCAGCAACAAGACAAGAGAGUCAUAUUUUUUAUCUCGGGGCAGCAGAAAAACAAGAAACAUGAGACAUCCAUCAAGCAGGCCAGGAAAUCUGUUUUUGUGUUUGACAACUGGAACAUCAUGGUCAACGUGGAUUCACACAUUGGACAGAAGACAAUCACAUUCUCUUCCUGCAUACAGAUAAUGAACCACAUGUGUGUGGGUAUGGAAUUAUUUUAUGUAGACAGCCAUGACAAAGUAUCCUGUGGAGUUGUCAAACCUGAUUCAACAUUUUAUCUCCCUUUGAAUGUUGUCUAUAGUCAUGGAAGGACAAUAUUUUUCAAACCCAAACAACUUGAGGAAAGUAGUGGGAGUAUUGCUUGCAACUACGACGUGUCACAGAGCGGCGUCAGUCUGGAUGUCAUGCCAACAGAACCUGGCAAGGUGAAGGAGAUCCACUGUAGCUGUUCUACUGCACCUAACCAGUCAUUUUACUUCAAUGUGAUGCCAGAGCAGGAGAAAAUCUUCACCAACAACACAGAGGACAAGACCUCUACAAUGACCAUCUUCCACAUCAAACCAACCGUCAUCAUCCACAAUCAGCUGCCACUCAACAUCACGUACAGUUUGGAUCUUACUAAUCAGUUCCCAAAGGCUGAUGCUGGUUCAGUGCAGGAACUGCCCUCAGGACAACUCCUAGAGCUGCACAAUGCUGCAGUCAACACCACCACCCUCAACCUGCAGCCUCCAUUGGAUCUAAUGAUCCCCAACUACCGUGGUUUUACCUGGAAAGGGAAAAAGAUCAUCAAACUGGACGUGCCAGAGCUGAGUGUCUGGACAUUUGAGAGCUCAGAUAAUGACAACAAGAUUUAUAUGGACCUCGGCCUUCACUGUAAAGAAAAGAAUGGAUCUUUUGACAUGACCAUCUACUGCCCCUACUGGAUCAUCAACCUGUCCACCAGAACUAUUGCUCUAAAGGAAGAUGACAAGGAGGCUCCCUUUGUGCAGCAGGGAACUGACGACAGCAUCAUGUUGUUUUAUUUCCGGGACAAGCCCCUGUUUGGCAGCAACAAAAGAAAGGAGUCCACUGGUGAGAAAAAGAAAGAGAAAGUGAAGGAGUUGAAAAAACCUGGCAAAGUUAUGCUGAAGGUGGCGGACAGCGAGUGGUCAGACAAGUUUUCUCUGGACACUGUGGGCACAGGGGGUAGUGUCAGCUGUAAGCACAAGGCUGCUGGCAAUGUGUCAGAGGUUGGCCUGAGCAUCCAGUUGACCUCAUCAGGUCUAACAAAGAUAGUGACCUUCACCCCAUUCUACCUGUUCCUCAACCUGGCCACCAUUCCACUGUGUAUCCAGGAAGUUGGCUUUGAUGUUAUAACUGUGGUUCAGCCUGAAGAGUGCAAAGCCUUCUACCCCAAGUCAUCAGGCAAGGAGAUGAAGAUCCAGGUGAAGCCAGAGGAUGGGGAGCUCUUCACCGCCCCCUUCUUCCUCAACAAGGCUCACUCUACCCUGCUCAAACUGGAGGAUAAGUAUGGUGGCAUACAAGCAGAGUGUCAGGUCAGUGAGUCCUCCAUGAUCACCACACUGAAGAUAUACAUGAAAGGUAUGGCCACAGUUAUGUUUGUCAACCACACAUCCCAGUGCAAUAUCCUGGUCAGACAAAGUGGCUCUAAAGAAGUGGAGAUGACCCUUGAACCACAGACCACACAGCUGUACACGUGGAACAACCCAACAGGAAACAGGGAGAUUCUCUGGACCUGUGGCAACAAGAAAGAUGCAAAAAAUAGUUUGGACAGGGAUCAUAUUGAAGAAUUCUUUGCCGAGAAUGAUGUCAAGGUUUAUUUUGUUUCUUUCCUGGAUGGCCUUCAAAGAGUGGCCAUGUUUACACAAGAUCUGGCCCUGGCCACUUUGGCGCAAGAGGCUGGUGAACUAGAGCAAGCUGACCAGGAGAUAAACCUGAAGAUUCACGACAUGGGAUUUUCUCUUAUCAACAACAAGAAGAUGGUGGAGGUGGCCUAUAUGGGCAUAACCAGCUCUGGUGUUAUCUGGGAAGAGAAAAAGAAGAAAUACAAGGCCAUGAAGCUUAAAGACACCAUAGUCCUGGAGACAGCAUACCAGAAGUAUCUGAUGGAUGUUGAGAUGGGCAAAUCUAGAGAGGCUGUGGCCAUGUUAGAAAACAAGCUGGAGGUUGACUUUACCAACAUGAUGCUGAUCAAGCCUAAAGCUUGUGGACUGCGCAGAAGUUUUGAGAAUGGCAUCUGGGUGCAGGUCAGGACCUCGCCCCACUCCAUGCAGUUCCAUGCUAAAAUCAACAGACUCCAGUUUGAUAACCAGCUCCGCCAUGCUGUGUUCCCUACUGUGUUAUCUCCCCUGCCACCUCCUAAAUCUGUUGCUGCUGAUAGUGUUCCCAAACCUUUCAUUGAAGUGAGUUUAAUGAACAGAAUACAUGAACACAGCAACCUGGUACAAAUCAAGUAUUUCAAAGUUUUAAUCCAAGAAAUGAACCUGAAAGUUGAUCAAGGUUUUCUGAUGGAGAUCCUGGAUCUCUUUUCUUCAGACGCACAGCCCAAGAGAGAUCAAGAGGAAAUUUACUUCAAAACGGACAUUGACUGUACAAAAAUGAACCUCAAGGAAGUAGCUGGUGUUUCUAUACAGGCACAGAGAGUCAGUUUCUAUGACUACUUCCAUGUGUCUCCCAUCAAGAUUCACAUCAGUUUUUCAAUCCAAGGGGGAUCACAAAGCAACAGCUAUCAGGCCAACAUUUUGGGGGUUUUCCUACAGAGUGUGGGCGUGGUGCUGACAGAUGUCCAAGAUGUUGUCUUUAAACUUGGUUUCUUUGAGAGGAACCAUUCUUUCUACACUAAAACUCAGCUGACCUCAGAGUUUGUUCGUCAUUACAGUGGACAGGCUGUUAAACAGAUGUAUGUUCUGGUACUAGGGCUGGAUGUUCUAGGCAAUCCUUUUGGACUUCUGCGUGGACUAAGUGAAGGCAUUGAGGACCUUUUCUAUGAACCCUAUCAGGGAGCUAUUCAGGGACCUGAAGAGUUUGCUGAAGGCUUGGCACUUGGUGUGCGCAGUUUGUUCGGUCAUGCUGUUGGUGGAACUGCUGGUGCAGUGUCCAGGAUCACAGGCACCCUGGGUAAAGGUCUGGCCGCCCUCACACUGGACGAAGACUACCAGAAGAAGAGGAGGGAGCAGCUCAACAAGAGACCAGCCACUGCCAGAGAGGGCUUCGCCAGGGGCGGCAAGGGCCUCGUUAUGGGUGUGUUUGAUGGAGUCACUGGCAUUGUGAGGAAACCUGUGGAGGGAGCCAAGCAAGAAGGUUUCACUGGUUUCUUUAAAGGUGUUGGGAAAGGUUUAGUCGGUGUUGUGACUCGGCCGACCUCUGGAGUGGUAGACUUUGCUAGCAGUUCCUUAGAAGGAAUUCGAAGAAUCACAGACAUGAGUGAUGAGAUUCACCGCCUGCGCCCACCCCGAAGAUUCAACAAAGAUGGGAUCAUCCGCCCGUACAUCCAGGAGGAGGCUGAGGGCUACAACCUGUUGCUGGAGACAGACAAGGGCAAAUAUGUCGACUCUGACGAGUACGUGCAGCACUACAAGAUGAAGGAAGAUGGAAAAAUUGUUUUCAUCAUUACUGACAAGCGCAUCAUGCUGGCCAAACGAGGUGAGCUGUUUGGGUCCUGGGACACUGAGUGGGUCUUCACCUUCCAGGAGCUGAAAGCUGCCCCCAAGCUGUCUGCUAAAGGGAUUGAAAUUUUACUCAAGGAUAAGGAAAAGAAGAAACUGUUUGGUAGCAAUGUCACAAAGAAGGACCUGAUUAUAGCUGAUGCUGCAGCCGCACAGAUCAUUCUAACAAAGAUCAUCGAAACAAUGGAAUCUGAGCGUGUGGAAAGUGGAGUUUAAAUUAAAAAAAAAAACCAACAGAGGACUGACCAGCUGACCAUUAGAAUUCAAGACAGUUGCUGUUUUAGUAGGCAGGGCACUUGUUUGUACUCUUGUAACCAUAGUGACAUGACUUACUGCGCUAAACAAAAACAUUGUACAUAGUCUGUUUGCAUUCUCUUACAGCAAUAACUGAACAGGUUUUUACUAAGUGUAAUGAUCAGUUUUAAAAUAUGUAUAACCCUAUAUGUUAUGGUAAGUUUCUUUUUUAACAAGAUUUUAAUAUCUCUAUUUUUUUCUCCUAUACUUGAAUAAUAUAAAAUGUUGUAUAUAAAAUAAAUCUAUACCUUUUCUUGUCUUCUAUCAGGAAUAUAUAAAAAGACCUCCUAUACACUUGUUACUUUGUUAUGUUUCCCUCUUUAAAACUCCAGCUGUCUUGUACACAUUUCCCACAGGCUACCCCAUUUAUGUACAACUUUAACCUAUUUGUACACUUUUACAAAGUCUAUAAAUAAAAGGUUGUAGUAUGUGUCUGAGUCUAAUAAUUCACUAAUUUGAAUUUGCGUUAAAUUGUUUGUUCAUUUUGUGUUCCUUUUUAAAUUGUUAAUAAGUGUAUAACUAUAUAUAUAUAUAUAUAUAUAUAUAUAUAUAUAUAUAUAUAUAUAUAAUGUAAUUAGUUGUCUAUAUAUAUGUAAUUAGUUGUCUAUUCAGCUCGUAACUCCAACUGUGAAAGCUAUGGUCAGGCUAGGUGGAAGUCUAUCUCUGUUGGUCAGUCCUUUAUCUUAGUCACUCCUGUUCUUUGCAAACCACGCCCUCUACUGGUCAUUACUCUACUGGUCAAACUAUCUGUGCAAUGCUACUCUAGCAAGACUUGUGAACAUGAUACUGUUCACCUUGUGAACCCUUUUAUUCCUACAUUUGUAGCUCAGUUGUGUUGUAAAUUAGGAGUUAUAUUUUGUUAAAGUUGCAAUGUAAAUAAUUUCCUACUUAGGGUUUGGUUGUUCAUUAUACAAUUAAAUUUUUGUCAUGUUUUAAUUGUUUUAUUUUGUCCAAAGAGUUGUUAACUUGCAAUAUAUUUUUCUUGUGUUCACUGUAGAUGUAUUACAUUCAAAAAUUUCAAUUCAUUGAUUUACGAUUGUUUUACAUUUUUUCUUUAUUAACCUUUGUUAAUUCUUUCCUUACUGGUUUAGAUUGUAUUUGCUCAUUUAAAUCUAAAAAUUAGUUUGAUGCUAAACAGGUCUUAAAAUACUCCAUGGCAAGAAACAAUAGCUUGUUUCAAUGUGUUGUAAGGUUAACUAAGCAGUCAAUCAUUAUACAAGCAUACCAUGCCUUUUAUUUAGUUUAUAUAUUUUUAAAUAUUCUAUUCUAUUAUUGAUUAUCCAUAAGUGCUUAUGACCUUUGUCAUUAACUCAUCAUAAAGAAGGAUGAAUUAUAAAAUUACUUUUUGUCUUUUAACAUUAAGUGUUUAAUUGUUUUCAUUGAUUAAAUCAGAGCAUAAAUAAUUACAUAAAUAUCUAUCCAAAAAAUAAUAUGCAAAGAAACUAAAACUUUGUUAUGAAAUUAGAUUUAAAUAAGAGUAGGCUAAACCCUGAAAUGGUGAAAUAUUAUCUCAUGUAACGGUUUUUUUUUUGUUUUUUUUGUGUUAAAUACAAAUUAAAUUUACUAAAAACUUUAAUCAGGCUCAUUAUGUGAUGUCUAUCUAGAGAUUUCUCUAAGAUCCCUACUUCAUGUUUAUAAUCACAAACAAAAGUGGAAAUUAUCAUUUUCUGUGGUUCUCUUUUGAAGAGGUUUUAGUACAUGUCUUAAGCCAGCAGCAUAACUUUAGACAGUUUGUUUAGCCAGGUUUUUUCUAUAUAUAACAAACUAAAACUUUUUACACUUUCUUUAUCACUACAAGGGUUCUUACUUUAAUGAUGGGUGUUUCCUUUUUCUAAAUUAUUAUUUUCUUGCAACAAAUUUAACACCCAUGUAAAACAAAAAUGGCAGUUGCAUAGGUUGACUCUUUGCCUUUUAAUAAAUUGCCAAAUUCACAUCAUCAUCUCCUACACAGCAAGAUAUUAUCCACUGUUAUAUAAUUCCUUUACAUGAUAUCCGAUUCAUCUGAUCUCAUUAUCUUUUCCAUUAAGCCGCAACUGCUUUUUUCGUAUGGUAUGUUUUUUGCGCCUUUUUGUCAUCAUAAAAUAUUUACCUGUUUAUUUUAUCUUUAUAAUAAGUAAAGUAUUAAAAUUUAACAUUUCUUUUAGUCACUUAUUCAAUUCCAUUGUGGAUUAUUUUAAAUAUAACAAACAAAUGUAUCUCUAUUUCCUUCUAUUCUCACAUGCCGUAAUAAACACAUAGUGUAUAGAGAUUUGUUUGUAAUCAUGCAUUUUGGCUCACAGGUGUGUAAAUUUAGUCUGAAAUUAAAUGACAUAUAGGUUUAUUCUAGCAUAUGACAUCUUGAUAUAUUCUAUUAAUUGACAUCUAGGUACAUUAUUGUGAGUGAUAUUAUAAACAUUUUACCUAAAAUGUCAAAUAAGCAUUUUCUGGCAUGUACUAUUUAGUGAGGCCUACAAUCUAGUGUGUGACAUUUAAGCCAAUACGAACAUUUGACAUUCACCUAGCCUCUAGCAUUGACAUAUACCUAGCUUCUAGUGUGUGACAUUAAACUAUAGUGUGGCAUUUACAUACAUUUUGAGUGUGUGACAUGACAUAAUAAAACUUAAGCACCAACCAGCGUGACUUAAAUUUUUUUACAACUUUCUUAUCACAGCUUGAUAUUUUCCUUUGCAUGAAGCUUAGGGCGUUCAUUUAUUUAGUGCUAAAAGUUAAUAACCCUCAAUAUUUUAUUUAGGCAACAGCUUUUGUAAAAAAAACAGCUGAAGUUUCUUCCCAUGUUAAUUUCAACUUGUUUUAUUUUUGGUUUAUAGAUUUAGUCCGGUGUUACUUUUUAAUUUAUUGUUUAUUUUUGUUGUGUUUAUUUUAUUUGAAAUUAUGAUGAUUAUUAAUAUUUUUAUUUUAUUUUGCUGCUUGCUUUUUGAUCUAUAAACAAUAAAAAGGUUUUUA